GGGGAACUUCGGCGCCUGCGCGUGGGACAGAGGGAAGAAACAUGGCGGCUCCCAGCUUCCCCACACCGCUGCAUGGGCACGUGGGCCGCGGCGCCUUCACCAAUGUGUACGAGCCCGCCGAGGAUACGUUCCUGCUGCUGGACGCGCUCGAGGCAGCAGCGGCCGAGCUGACAGGAGUGGAAAUAUGCCUUGAAGUUGGAUCAGGGUCUGGAGUGGUAUCUGCAUUCCUAGCCUCUAUGAUAGGUCCUCAAGCUUUGUACAUGUGCACUGAUAUCAACCCUGAAGCAGCAGCUUGCACUCUGGAGACAGCAUACUGUAACAAAGUCCACAUUCAGCCAGUAAUUACAGACUUGGUCAAAGGCUUAUUACCAAGAUUGAAGGAAAAAGUUGAUCUUCUGGUGUUUAAUCCCCCCUAUGUAGUGACUCCACCUGAAGAGGUAGGAAGUCAUGGAGUAGAAGCAGCUUGGGCUGGUGGCAGAAAUGGUCGGGAAGUCAUGGACCGAUUCUUCCCACUGGCUGCAGAUCUCCUGUCACCAAGAGGAUUCUUCUAUCUAGUUACCAUCAAAGAAAACAAUCCAGAAGAAAUUUUGGAAGCAAUGUCAACAAGAGGUCUACGAGGAACUAUUGCACUUUCCAGGCAAGCAGGCCAAGAACUCCUCUCAGUCCUGAAGUUCACCAAGUCCUGACUUACAGUGUGUGCUGUGUAUUAUGCUGGAUAUGUACAUAUUGAUAAUAUUUAUUAUAUUGAAUAUAUAUAUGAAUAUAUAGAGAGGGAGAAGCUGAAUGUAUUUGGCAUAUUUUGAAACUGAAGUCAUUUCUUGGUUAACAAGUGAAAUUGUCAGGUUUUCUAGAAAAAGGUGAGAAGAGGGGCACCUGGGUGGCUCUGGAUUAAGCCGGCUCAGAUCAUGAUCUCAGAAUCCCAGGAUCAAGCCCCGAAAUGGGCUCUCUGCUCAGCAGGGAGCCUGCUUCCGCCUCUCUGCUUGCCUCUCUGCCUCCUUGUGACCUCUCUGUGUCAAAUAAAUAAAUAAAAUCUUUUUGAAAGAAAGAAAGAAAGAGGUGGGAAGAACACAGCAUAGGUAGGUAGGUAAUCACUCCUAUGGAAAUAGUUGCGUAAGUGCUAGUAAAUGCAUAUAUGAUAUAUAUUAUUUGCAUUUUAUGUAUAAAAUCUGAACAGGAGUGAUAUAUCCAGCCACUAAACAUGAGUCAGGUCUGAAGGUGUUCCUAAUAUACCAUUAAGUGAAAAAAAACAUUACAGAACAGUUUAAUACUGUUGUAUACAUGUGUGUAUAAAUUUGAAGCCCAGCAGAGGGUAUGUGUGUAUGUGAACAUAGGGUCUUCUCAGACGAUACAUGGCAGGAGGGAACAGGGGAUUUGCUCUUUAUGGUACCAUUUGCACAAUGAUAACAUAGGACUUGUUUAUUUGUAAAAUGUUUUCAUUUAAAAAUUAUUUUUAAUUUACUUUCAGUUGCUCAUUGUCUCCAUUCUAUUGCUGUUAUUUAGAAUGCCUUCUGCCUCCAUGUUUCUCCCUGGUCAUAUUUUUCCUGGCUUUUAUCCUUUAUCAUAUAUUUCUGUUUUCUUCUUGCCUAUAUGUGUAGGGUCAAAGUGAGCAGAAUCUAGAAUUUAUUUUUAACUGGGCUAGGAGUGCCUGGGUGGCUCAGUUGUUGAGUUUCUGCUUUGGGCUCAGUUCAUGAUCCCAGGAUUCUGGGAUCGAGCCCCAGAUCCCCCAUAUCAAGCUCUCUGCUGGGUGGGCAGCCUGCUUCUCCUUCUCCCACUCCCCUCUCUUGCUGUCUCUCUUUCUGUCAAAUAAAUAAAUAAAAUCUAAAAAAAAGAAGAAGAAGAAAACAAAAAUAACAAUAAUAACUGGGCCACAGAAUCGAUUGGAGAAGCUUUUGAAAAUUAUAAGUUCCUAAGCCUGACCGUAGACCCAUGAACUCCUCUGCUGAACAGACCAAAAAAUGGCAUCUUUUAUUUAUUUGUUUAUUUUUAAAGAUUUUAUUUAUUUGACAGAGAGAGAGAAAUCACAAGUAGGCAGAGAGGCAGGCAGAGAGAAAGAGGGGAGGAAGCAGGCUCCUUGCGGAGCAGAGAGCCCGACGUGGGGCUCUAUCCCAGGACCCUGGGAUCAUGACCUGAGCUGAAAGCAGAGGCCUCAGAGCCUCGAGAAGGUAAUUAAGGUUCAAGGAGGUCAUCAGGGUGGGCCCUGACCCAGUCUGACCAGCCUCCUCACAAGAAGAGAUGAGAGCAUACGGAGACACCAGUGAUGUCUGCACACACAAGGAAACCACAUGAGACGCGUUUCUGCAUGGCCUACUUCCCUCUGUGAUGUGAUUUUGGAGUUAGCAUCGGAGCCUUCCUUGAUGUACGUAUCCGCUGUAUGUUACAUUACCUUCUGCCAGUGGGCGUGUGGGUAUGUGCUGUGCCUGCCCAUGCGUCUCCAGUGCUAAAAUACCAGCUGCACCCUGUAUUGGCUGAUGUCAGAAAGCGACCCAGCCUCUCUGGCCAGGUUUCCUUACCUAUAAAAAGGAGCCCCUCACAAUACUCACCUGGAAGAGCCUUAAGACCAGUAAGUGAGAGAAGCCUCACAGAGUGCUGGGCACAGGGCUUCACAGGGAGUAAGUGCUAAACAAAGGAUAAGUAGGGGAGGAGGAGGGAGAGGCCGUGGGGAUGAGGUGGGGAGGAGGAAGAGGAGGGCCAAGUGCACCUUCAGCUAUGGGAAGGCAGCUCUACAAGCCAAGGGGAGAGACUGCAGAAGAAACCCAGCCUGCUGACGCUUUGCACUUGGACUUCAGCCUCCAAAAUUGUGAGAAAAUAAAUUCACGCUGCCGAAGCCACCCAGCCUGUGGUAUUUGUCAUAGUGGCCCCAGCAGACUAAUAACAGUAAUUAAAGACAGGGAAAUACCUGCGUUCUGCAAAUGAGAAAGCAGUACUAGGUGAAAAGUGGAUGAGGUGUGCUGGUGAGCGGUAACGGUGGCCUGGAGCCUGCAGGGCGAGAGGUGCAGAUCCAGCUCUCUUUGUGGUAGGAAAGAACUAUUAAAUUCACGAAGAAAGAGGACCUGUAAAACCACAUCAUUUGAUCAUUUGGCCUGAGGGAAACAGCAAAAAAAACUAACUUUAUUAUAACUUGAAUGAAAAGAAAAAUAGUAAUAAUCUGUUACUAUUAUAAAUUGUGCUACCCUCUGUUGUAGGAUUUUAAUUCAGCCUAUCUGUGUGAGGUAGCAACAUUAACAUGAAAAAAUUAACAUUAAAAUUAUCUAAACUAUUGAUCACCGAGAAGCUACAAUCAAUGAGUGCAGAAAAAAAAAAAAAGAUACCUAAGGGAUAUAAAGAGUGGAAUUGUUAUAUUCACAUUGUAGAAUGUUUGAUAUGUUUAAAGAAUUAACAUAAAGCUCACAAAAAGAUACUGUUUGGAAAGAACAAAUUGAAGUGGACUUUUAAAAAUGAGAAAUAGAGAUAUGGAAAUGCAUUAGUGUUAAUUUGUGCUUACCAAAAAGAAAAAAAAGAAGCAAGCAAAAAACUACAGUGUAUUUUAAAACAUAGGAGUGAUAAUAUUCCAUUCCAAAAUUUAGUUGUAGUUCUUUUUUUUUUUCCCUUUUCCCUCAUACUGGGAAGAAUAAGAAAUACAAAUUAAAAUAGGACUGGAAAAAAAGAGAAAAAUUCUGACAGCACUGAAAAAACUCAGGAAAAGAGUGAGAGAAAUACAACCAUGCCAAGAUCCCUUAUGAUAACAUGCAAAUCAUUCUAUGUGUAGAUGUAGUAUGUGAUUCAUACACCAAAAUGACUUUGUGUAUAAAAUAACAAUACAUACCAAUGCCUAUAUCCAUUGUUUUCAUUUUUCUUUUUAUGUAAACUUUGUAUUGAGGUGGAACAUACCUGAUAGACUGUAUAUAUCAUAGGUGUCUAGCUUGAUGGAUUUUUAUGAAGUCAACAUCCAUUUAGGCUACACCAAAUCAAGAAGUACAACAUUACCAGCAUUCCAGAAGCUCCUUCAGAUUCCCUUCCUAAUCAUCACCUCUCACUCACCAAGGGAAACCACUGCCUGGCUGUUCAUAUUAGUUUUUUAUUCCUGGGUAGCUAACGGCUCUAACUUUAUUGGUAUUAGCACAAAUUUGUGGUCUCACAGUCUCUGGGUCAGGAGUGUGGGUAUAGUAAGCUGGAUUCUCUGCCUAGAAUCGCACCAGACUGUAAUAAAGGUGUUGGUCAUGACUGUGAUCUCGUCUGGGGCUCAGGAUCCUUUUUCAUGUGGUCAUGGGACUAAAGUCACUGUUUUCUAGCUGUUGGCUGGGGGUAAUUCUCACCUUCUUCAGGCCUUUCUUGGGUUGUUGUGCCAUGGUCACCUCCACAGUUCAGAAAAUGGUCCCUUGCUUCUCUGUGGCCAGCAGGAGGAUUUCUCUACCUUCAAAUUGACAGUGAGGGCCUAGAAUCUUUUUGAAAGGGCUCAUCUGAUUAGGUCAAGUUCACCCAGUAUAAUCUUCCUUUUAACUAAUUAAUCCAAACUCAACUGAUUAGGAACCUUAAUUACAACUGCAAAGUUUCUUUACCAUUGCCAUUUAAUGUGACCUAAUUACAGAGAAAUCAAGUUAUUCAAAGUCCUACCCAUAGUCAAAGGAUAGGGGUGACACAGUGCAUGUACAGCAGUAGGAGUGAGCCUUGCCGGCUGUCUUAGAAUUCUGCCACAUUCCUUAUACUACAGCUCUGGUCUUCCUACUUUGAACCUGUAUUAAUGAAUCAUAUGAUAUAUACUCUGGUGUCUAGAUUCUUUCAUUCAAUAGUGUUUUUAUGAGGUUCUUCCAUGGACUUGUGUACAGCAAUGACUUACUCAUUUUCACUUUUGUAUAUUCUCAUUUCCAUUGUAUGAAUAUAUCAAAAUGUAUUCUUUCGACUGUUGAA